AUGAAGAGAGGAAGUUUGAUUGUUUUUGCUUUGGCCUUGUGGGCAAGCCUUCUUGGCAGUGGCAAGGGCCAAAGCGCAAGCAAUGUGAUAGCAACCUAUAAUUUUUACAAUCCUCAAACCAUAGGCUGGAAUUAUAUGACAGCCAGUGUGUUUUGUGCAACUUGGGAUGCUAAUAAGCCCUUGAAUUGGCGUAAACACUACGGUUGGACUGCCUUUUGCGGCCCCGUCGGUCCGACUGGCCGAGAUUCUUGUGGUCGAUGCCUUAGGGUGAGAAACACAGAAACUGGAGAUGAAGAAACAGUAAGAAUUGUGGAUCAAUGCAGCAAUGGUGGCUUAGAUUUGGACUAUGAUGUUUUCAAAAAAUUGGACAGUAAUGGAAAUGGCUUUGCUCGUGGUCAUCUUAUAGUUGAUUACCACUUUGUUAAUUGCUAA